AACCACCCGGUUAAACACCUCUCUCGGUUUCAGGUUUACAGAAGAAAUGGGCAGGAAGUACAGGAUGUACUCCCUCAGCUACCACACCCCAUCACUAACAUCGUGCACUGGUGUGGGGUUCCCGUCUUACAACUGAUGAGCCAAUACUGGAGAAAGGACGAGGGAUUCUCGAGAAGAGCGGCAGUUAAAGUGCUUCCCCGUGGACUCCAUUUCUUCAAUGAGCAUGAGCUGGGUGCCCACGGUAGGGCUGGAGACAAAAGGAGAAGGCCCCCUGGACCCGGCACAAAUCCACCCCUCGUUGACAUCCUUUGCGUUCAGAGUCCUCCUAACAAGGGCCAGCCGUGCUCACCGGAGUGCAAACAUCGCUCCGCGCUCCGCUCCCUGAAAUGCCAGAUGGACAGCCCCCCACCCCUCAUUUGUGGGUCCACAUCUGACAGAGCAAAAGGCUUUUAUCUCAGAAGGAAAGAGACCGGUUCUGAGCGGCAACCCCGCCCUCAAGCACACACGGAGUCAAAAAGACAUUUGUCCAAAGGGCCUGUCACAGGGAAAACUUUUGUUUUGUUUUGUUUUAAGCAUUUUCUCUUCCCGCCAAAAUAUCUUGUACCCGAUGCCUCAGCAGCAGCAGCAGGUCCGUGGAAAGCCUGCCAUCUGACCUGCUCGCACGUCCCUCUUCGCGUCCCAUCUGGUGUCUGGCGCACACAAAGGCCCCCGGCCGCCCCGCCCCACCCUUUCUGCAGCCCGGGGUGCUUUGGGGCGGCCGCACCCCGCCAGCGGCCACCGGUCGUCCCGUCCCUCAGGCCCUCCCCACGCGAGGGGCUGGUCCCCGCGCGCCCUGCGGCCCGAGGACCGACGGGUGAUGUCAGCGGGUGUCCGAGCCCUGGGACCCAUCAGGCGCUGGCACGAAGGAUUAACACGCGCGCGCCUCUGACUCAGCAGUUCCCAGCUCCCGGGAAUGAACGCGGCCUGGACUGCAGUUUACGAGGGCGCAAAGACCCAGCUGCCACGGAGCCGCAGCACUACCUUUCCGCACAACAGCAAAAAUCUGGAAACAAAACAACUCUGACAGUUCAGAAUGGGUUGGGUUUCAUCGAUCGUGGAAAUAGCGAUUACAGAUGAUGCUGGAGACCUGUGUGUCUGUUGGCA